AUGAGGAUGUGCGUUUUAUUCCCAUCACAUGAUCACUUAUCCAAGUUAAAAUAUCAAACCACAUUUUUUGAGGGUUUGACCCUCCUUGUCUGGGUCUGACUUUGCAGGUCGGUUUUGGUUUGUCUCUGUGGCUGUGAAAUUGAAGUGCCUUCUGUAAUCUUUGAUUUGACAUGUGCCCAAGAGGAGCUGUUCACUAGCAAACCACCAGAGGGCGCCACCACCCAGUUUAUUGCACUUGCUUAGUUCAAGAGGAUAUUCAAACACGCACAACGACCGAAAGGUGGAGUCUUCAAAUGAGCUGUCAAAACAUUGGCGUUGCGGGUCUCACGGUGCGCCAGUCUGACAGUGUGCACAUCCCCGCUCCUGCGACCGAGGCUCCCAGACGAGCAGAUUCACUCCGGUCCGCUCCUCAUUGCCUCCGCUCCGUUCGGGGACCAAACCCGGGGAUUUGUCUUCAGUUCAGCUCGCCUGACGGUCCCGCGCCUGUGGUUUAGUCGUCGCCACAUUACUACUAACAGGUCUGGCUGGUGGAGACUGACUGAAAUGGACCAUUGUGGACUCCUGCUUAACUUAGAAUAGAUCCAUAGCCCGGUCUCCAUGUUGAGGCUUGUGAAGCUUCGUCCAUGAGAGGCCUGGGGAGAGUCGACGAGUGAGGAGCUCACGAGGCAGUAUCUCCCGUCUCACCCACACUCUCUCACCUGAGAGCGAUGGGCAAGGAGCAGGAUCUGCUGGUGGCUGUGAAGACCGGGGAUCUGCUUCUGACCCACAAGCUGCUCACCAAAGUCAAGUGCAGCCGGACAAAGUUGCUGGGGUCAACCAAGAGACUCAGUGUCAACUACCAAGACUCAGAUGGCUUCUCUGCCCUGCACCAUGCGGCCCUCAGUGGCACCGUGGAGCUGCUGUCUCUGCUGCUCGAGGCCCAGGCCAUGGUGGACAUCCGGGACGUCAACGGCAUGCGGCCCCUCCACUAUGCGGCCUGGCAGGGGAAGGCUGACUCUGUGCUGGUCCUGCUGCGGGGGGGCGCCGCGGUUAACCUAGCGUCCCAGGACGGCCAGGUCCCCCUGCACCUCGCCGCCCAGUACGGGCACUAUGAGGUGUCUGAGAUGCUACUCCAGCAUCAGUCCAACCCAUGUCUGAUGAACAAGAUGAAGAAGACGCCUCUAGACCUGGCCUGUGAGUUCGGCAGAGUCAAGGUGGCUCAGCUCCUGCUGAGCAGCAACAUGGUCACAUCACUGUUGGAGGGGGAGGGGCGGGACCCUCAGGACUCCGCCUCCACCACGCCCCUCCACCUGGCCGCCCGCAACGGACACAGAGACGUCAUCAGGUUGCUGCUGAAAGCCGGCAUCGACAUCAACUGGACCACCAAGGCCGGGACCUCUCUGCAUGAGGCCGCCCUCUACGGGAAGACGGAAGUAGUGCGCCUGCUCCUUGACGCGGGCGUCAACGUCAACACACGCAACACGUACAACCAGACGGCCCUGGACAUCGUCAACCAGUUCACCACCAGCGGCGCCAGCACAGAGAUCAAGCAGAUGCUACGAGAUGCUUCCGGCUCUCUGCAGGUGCGUGCCGUGAAGGACUACUGGAACCUCCACGACCCCACUGCCCUGAACCUGCGGGCAGGGGACCUGGUCGUGGUGUUGGAGCAGCACUCUGACGGUCAGUGGAAGGGCCACGUCCAGGACGGGCAGCGAGGGACGGAGCGCAUCGGCUUCUUCCCCCCGUCGGUGGUGGAGGUGCUGAGCAGGAGAUCAGGAGGCGGGACCCUUUCCCGUCAGGCCUCGUUGCCAUGCCAACGCAAGCACUUCCUGUCUAGAGCUCCCCAAGCUAGCCUGGGCACUGGGCCGCAAAGCCAGGAGUUGAUGCGUGCUCUCUGCUACCAGCAAGAAGGUGCUCCACAUGGCAGUGAGCUCUCACCUCCAGCUAGUCCCGCUAGUCCCACUGAGGACGUGUGGGUCCUCCGGGGUAACCCCCCCACUGGUGAUGACAGGAACAGUGUCGGGAGCUCCAGCAGUGUGGGCAGCAGUCGCAGCGCCGGCAGCGGCCAGAGCUCUGAGAACUCCAAGCACAGCAGCUCCCAUGGGCGAGAGAGAAAGCUGGCUCCCUCUGCUGGUGAAACAGGAGACUCACACCACACCACGCACCAAGACGACAGCUCCACAGGAGGAGUCCCCCGCCGACCGGCCAACGGAGUCCCUCAGCUGGGCUUCAUGAGGCCGGAGCAGCUGCUGGAGGGCAGGGACUCUGAGGCCAUCUACCAGUGGCUGCAGCAGUUCCAGCUGGAGCAGUACACGGCUAACUUCGUCAGCGCGGGCUACGACGUGCCCACUAUCAGCAGGAUGACCCCCGAGGACCUGACGGCCAUCGGGGUGACCAAGCCCGGCCACCGCAAGAAGAUCUCCAGUGAGGUGGUCCGACUGAGCGUCCCCGAGUGGCUGCCCGACUACAUCCCUGCGGAGCUGGGGGAGUGGCUGGGUGUGAUCGGGCUGCCCCAGUACCAGAAGAGGCUCUGUGAGAACGGCUACGACUCCAUCCCCAUCGUCAAGGACAUCACCUGGGAGGACCUGCAGGAGAUAGGCAUCACCAAGCUGGGGCACCAGAAGAAGCUGAUGCUGGCGGUGAAGCGCCUCAGCGACCUGCAGCGGGGCCGUCACCCGGGCAACCAGGCGGGGGGCGGGACCCUCCGCAGGAACCCCGCCCCCGCCGCCGCCGCCGCGCUGGAGCUGGAGCUGCUGGCCAUCGAGCACGGCGGCCCCCGGCCCCCCGACACCCCCUCGCCGCGCGCCCCCAGGGCCCUGGCCUCCUUCCAGGACAGCGAGCUGAGUGCCGAGCUGCAGAGCGCCAUGACGGGCCGGGCGGCGCCCGGGGGGCUGGUGGGGGGCGAGGCCUUCGCCCUCCGGUCGGCGGCGCUCAUGUCCGACAGCCUGGAGAGCAUCGGGACGCGGUCCCGCGGGUCGGGGAAUUCCGGGAAUUCCAAUUCCGGGAAUUCCAAUUCCGGGAAUCCCCAUGCGGGGAUCCCUCCGGACGCCCGGGCGCUGGCGCUGGUGUUGCCCGGCGCCGCGCGGCUCUCCCAGGAGGCCCUGGAGAGCGGGGGGGAGUGGGGGAGGCGGCCUGGGGGAGGGGACAGCCCGGGGAGGCGGAGCCACACCCCCACCCGGCUGAACUACGUCCCGCUCACGCCCCCGCUCACCCCCAGCAAGAUGCCCCGCUUCGCCCACCCGGGGGGGGACCCCAGGGGCAGGGCGGUGCUCUACCAGCCCGUCUCCACCCCCCCCUCCCCCGGACCCCCGGCCUCACCCGGUCCCCAGGCUUCCUCCGGACCACAGGCCUUCAGCUACCUCCAGCCCCAAGGAGCGCCCGCGGGAACGCUCAGGGGAGCGCCGGGGCAGGGGGCCGGGGGAGGGGCCGGAGGCGGGGCCGGGGGAGGGGCCGGCGGUCCAACCAGGCUCUUCAAGCCCCUGGCCGGUGCGGUCCAGCUCCCGGGCCCCCGCCCCGGUCAGAUGGUGCCCCAGCCCGGCCACCGGCACCAGGCCGUCGUCCGGCGGGACGCGGCCAAGACGCGCUCCCAGAGCCUGACGCGCUACGCCCCGUCGGACGGCGACCACGACGACGAGGGCCUCCACCGUCUCCACGACAACCACCUGACCCGGGUCCCGUGCUCCUCCUCCUCCACCACCCCCACCUCCUCCUCCUCCUCCUCCUCCUCCGUGCCGUCGUACGCCACACUGGGGCGGCGCGGGGGGCGUGGCGCCCCGCCCGCAGAGAGUGAAGAGCGGCCCAAGCUCAACCGCAGCCAAUCCUUCGCCGUGCGCUCCCGCCGCAAGGGCCCGCCCCCGCCCCCGCCCAAAAGGAUGAGCUCGGUCACCGGCGGCCCAGGGGCGGAGCUUAGCUUGUUUGAUGGGGCGGAGCCUGGCCUGUUUGUCGGGACGGAGUCCAACUCGUCGCUGGUGGCGCAGGCGGAGGGAGAGAUUGUGCGUACCGUUCGGAGCAUCGCCGCCCGGCUAGAGGGAGGGGGCGGGGCCAGACCUGAGGGAGGAGGCGUGGCCAGGCCGGAGGGAGGGGGCGUGCCCAGGCCUGAGGGAGGGGCCGGGGCCAGGCCUGAGGGAGGGGCCGGGGCCAGAUCUGAGGGAGGGGGCGGGGCCAGAUCUGAGGGAGGGGGCGGGGUCAGGCCGGAGCGAGGGGACGUGGCCAGGCUGGAGGGAGGAGGCAUGGCCAGGCUGGAGGGAGGAGGCGGGGCCAGGCUGGAGGGAGGAGGCGGGGUCAGUCCCUCCAGGAGGAGGGACGUCCCGCCCCCCCGUGAGACAUUGAGCCCCCAUAUGUCCCCACGCCAUCCCCACCACCACCACCCCUUAGUGGAGCCCUCUACAGCUGGCCCCACCCUGGGUCUCCAGCUCCGGAGGGUGGCCAGCGAGAGAGCCCAGGGUGGGAGUGUGAGAAGGGCAGAGAGAGGGGGAGGUAGGGAGGGAGCGGGGGAGGAAAGGGAGGGAGGGAGGAGGAGCGCCACGAACACGGCCAGCGCCGCCGACACGAUCGCCAGGAACGCCAGCCCUGGUCCCGUGGGCUCCCCGAGGAGGAACGCCGGCCUCGGCCUCCCCUUCGCGGAGGAGGGUAACCUCACCAUCAGGCAGCGGCCCCGGCUGGCGUCGGGGCCCAGGCAGGACUCGGACCCCGAGGCCGCGGCCCCUCCGUCGGAAGGCCCGGCGCGGAGCCCACCCAAGACCCUGGACCUCCCGGAGUUCAACCUCAAAGAGUCGGACACCGUCAAGAGGCGGCCCAAGUACCGAGACCGGGACGGGCAGACGCCGGAGGGGCCGGUCACGCCCACCGAUGGCUCAGAGGGCGGGGCCUCGCCCACGAGUGGCUUCGGCGGCGGUGGCGGCGGCGGCGGCGGCCAGCAGCAGCCGGGGAUGAUCUUCCAGAGAGUGGGCUCCACAGGGAGAGGACCUCCCGUCUCCAGCAAACCUUCCAGCCUGAGGACGCCGGCCUCCCCGGGCCCGCCCAGGCCCCCCGGCGGUGGCGGCGCCGCCGCCGUCUCGCCGCGCCGCACGUCCAUCCCCACGCUCACCAGCGUUCAGGUGCACACGGUCUCGCCGCAGCUCGGCGCCCAGCUCCAGUCCUACGGGGCUGCCGCCGCCGCCCCGAGACCUGCCGGGCCGGCCCCGCCCGUGAGGCCCCCCGGGCAGCAGCAGGACGCCGCCGCCGCGGGCCGGCAGAGGGCCUUGUCCCGACUGCCCCAGCUAGGCACCGCCACAGGUCCGGGUAGUCCACCGGCUCUGAACAUCAAGGCAGCCAGGAGCGUCACCUUCACCUCCUCCUCCUCCUCCUCGCCCUCCUCCACCUCCCCUCCUCCUCCCUCCAGCCUGGCAUUCCCCGGGGCCCUCCUGGCCCAGAGGAGGCUUGAGGAGACCAGCACGUCCCUGGAGGCGGCUCUGAAAGAGGUGGAGACCAAGCUGGCUCAGGACGGACAUGUCGAAGGGACCAGUGGCACCGUGAACAUCCUGGAUGACAUCGGCAACAUGUUUGACGACCUGGCCUAUCAACUGGACGCCAUGUUGGAAUAGCGACCGGUAUGGUUCACAUUGGGGUUCACGAUCUUCAUGUAAAAGAGCAAAGGACCACAGGGACACUGGGCUGAGGGAGACACUUUCUGAAAUGCACCCUCCGGGGCACAGGGGUGGUAGUAUUGACUCUUCAACUUGAGCACUUGGGUUGAAGACAGCCAGCACGGAGGGUGCAGCUGUCUGAACCGCUAAAGGGAACACGAGGGUAUUUUGUGUUGUUAUGUUGUCCGUCUGUUUGUUAUCGUGUGUUACCUGUACCGUUUAGGUCUUUAGGUAUAAAGAUGCAUCGUAGUUUGUCACUGGGUAUGUCUGCGUUAUGUGCGGAUAUCUUACUGUAAAUAAGUUAAAUAACUGACUAUAUUUAUACCGCAGAUGUGUACUGGCUGUUGUUACAAAGGGACUGUCUAUGGAUGAGUUUGAACAGUCAAUAUGGAUAAGACUGAAUAAGUCAAGACAUUAAUAUGAAUUUACAUUUUUUUUGGGAUGUCCGGAAUAUAUUUUGUUUGCUGCUCUGUCAUAUGGAAAAUAUAUAUGCAAAUUAAUAUCUGUAUAGCACCAUAUAAUACAUGAACUGUCAUGUGUUGAGAUAUUUUAUCUUUUUUUUUUUACCAAAGAUAGUCAUGCCUUUACUCACUAGGGGGCAACGUAUUUAGUCCAAAGUAUGUGUAUGUGUGCGUGUACGUGGGAGAGACGUGCUCACAUGAUUGUUUGAGACAGUGUGUGCACUUGCAUGAGGGUCAAGAUGUUCUUUAAGGCGAUAUCUUUGUAGGUGCUACUGCUCUGUGAUAUGAAUACGAUAGACAGAGGCUUCUGGCCAACCUCGAACAUGCUCUCUGGGAAGAGGUCACUGAGGUGGGGACUCAGCAAUGGCUUGUUCACCUGGCGGCCAUCUUGGUUCCAUCCUCAUUAAGUUUCUCCUCCCAGCUCGGUUUUAGAACCAAGAUGGCCACCAAGUGACCAAGGCCCAUUAAGGCCAAUUUCCCAUUCAUUUCUCAAGCCAAUGAUUAUUCCAAAUACAGAGUUUAUUAUUUAUUGAAAGGUGUCCAUGUCUGUGUGGUUAUGUUCUCCUUUAGGAGUCCAAAGAAGGGUUCAGGACGAGUAUGAAACUGUUUACAAAGGUUCCGCACAAAAUCCACUUUCAUUAAUUUCCUUUGCUUGAUUACUCUACUGUCAAAACAACCGAAGAGUGAGUGUUGCAAUGCUUCAGCCUGACCAACUGCAAUAUUCGUUUUGUGAUUGAAGUCCAUUCUAUUCCCCAUCAGUUUCUUUUUCAAAUCUUAAUUGUUUGUUACUUCUAAGAAAAAUGUCAUGAUACGACCAUAAACGCAUGUAAAUUUUAGUUUUAGUUCGGGAUGUUAACAAAAAAGAUGGCACAACAUAUGUUUCGGCUGUAAUUGAUACAAAAUAAAUAUUUUGUACUUAUCCGUGUCAAGAUUGAACGUCGUUAAAGAUGAGACAUUUCUAUAGAGCGGGUGGUGUUGCGUUGAUAGGUUUCAAGGAUACAACCACAUGAAAACAAAUGUAAUUAAGAUGCGUUUUUAAUCCAUGUCAAUGUAAGGUGGCAGCACUCUUGGAACACAGAAGUUCUCCUUCAGAGCAGACGCUUAUAUCCCAAGCACUGCUACUCUCUCACACAUUCACUUUUCAGUUUAGUUUACUUAAUCAUUUACUGUAUGUACAGAAUAAGAUUGAAUAUUAAUAUAUAUACGGAAAAAAUAAAAACAAAAUAACGUAUUGCGCCAAUCUACCAUCUUGUUGAAAGGUUUUCGGGAAUUCAUUUUCUAGAUCGGGAUUCCUCUCUUCAACCUAUUUCACAAUAGUUCCGUACGGGAAGUCUAAUUUAAAAAGGCAGUACACUUCCAUCAUUGUCAUUAAACAAAACAAAUGUGUCAAAUUGGCUACAUAAGCAAGUAUUAAGUGCAUUCAUCCACGCUAGUUACUUAGCCACCAAUUAGAGAAGAAAACCAAGACAAGCAUUGUAUUAUUGAUUUAGAACAAUCAGUAGGUAUGCAAUCUGCGCCUUAGAUUCAGGCUUAGACUCCAUUGACAUUCAAUUGACCCCCUCAACUGAAGGAAUGUGUAUUAUGAGAAUCUUCGCAAUAAUCAGAAUGAAAAUA